GAGUAAUCUUAUAACCAUCUCCCUUGGACGCUGCACAUGAGCGUUUUCAGUCUUUUCUUUGGAUAUUCAUGAGUAACAGUGUCUCUGCAACGCGAGACAAGCGAAGCCUUGAUUAUGCCAUUCGUUCUGGACUCGCUGGUGGUAUUGCGGGAUGUGUCGCAAAGACAGCAGUUGCCCCUCUCGACAGAGUAAAGAUUCUCUUCCAAGCCUCAAACCCAGAAUUUCAGAAAUAUGCAGGAACUUGGAGCGGUGCAUAUAGAGCGGGACUCUCGAUCUACAAAGAAGGAGGCCUACGAGGAUUACUUCAAGGCCACUCAGCCACACUUCUGCGAAUAUUUCCGUACGCUGCCAUAAAAUUCAUGGCAUAUGAUCAAUGGCGUCCACUAUUAAUGCCUACGAAGGAUCAUGAAAAUAACUAUCGUCGUUUUGCCACAGGCGCACUUGCAGGAAUGACCUCUGUGGUAUUCACCUACCCUCUUGAGCUGAUACGCGUACGCAUGGCAUUCCAAAGUCGACAGCCAGACCAUUCUCCUAAUCCACAGCGGCCGUCCUUCUUACGUGCAAUGUCACGCAUAUACUCUGAGAGUGCAAUACCAACAUCGCAACCAUCAACAUCUUCAGUAUCCACCACUCCGAAACAGGUGUUCGAACGUCUCCCCAUUCUCAAGUUUUAUCGUGGCUUCUCCGUGACUAUGAUUGGUAUGAUCCCGUAUGCUGGCACCGCAUUCCUCACCUGGGAUUUCCUUCGUGCCCAUUUUUAUCCUGCUACGCACGACAGGUCUCAGAGGCCUCCUCCAGUAGCAAACUUAGCCAUCGGUGCUGUGUCUGGUGCUAUCGCUCAGACAGUAUCAUAUCCAUUUGAAGUAGUGCGCCGCAGAAUGCAAGUCGGCGGGCUUACGCGUCCCGACAGGUGGCUCCGAUGGGGAGAAACUGUUGGUUCAGUAUAUGCUUCUGGUGGAUGGCGAGGUUUCUUCGUUGGUCUUAGUAUAGGCUACUUGAAGAUUAUACCAAUGAAUGCGAUCAGCUUUGCGGUUUGGCAAAGUGGCAAGCGAGCACUGGGUGUUUAGAGGGCAGUGUCUUAUGGUCUACCUGUGAAUUAUAUGUUUCACCGUACUCUACCUGUGGGUAAUAGAUUUUUUCUAG